GUUACCGAUUUGAAAAUUGUUCCUAGCUGCUCCAUUGUAACCGCCAACAAAGAGACAAUUUCCCAGUUCAAACGUCAAUUUUCUCCGAAGGAAAUCAAUAUACUUUCAUAUGACACAACAUACAACAUGGGCAAUUUCUACGUCUCUCCUCUAAUCGCCCGUAACUGUCACUUUGAUGGGGAGCCUGCUUUCAUUAUCGGCACUCUCAUCCAUGCACUGCGUGACACGGAGUCACAUGAAUUAUUUCUUUCGCCGUCUAGUGAGCUUGUUGCCUAAAAUUAACAGCCCUGCUACUGUCAUCGUGACAGACCGUGAAAAGGGGAUUAGAAAUGCCAUUAAAAAUGUCAUCCCCGAUUGUCACAACCUUUUAUGCUGGAACCAUAUAAUAAAGGAUGUGGAACAUUGGGUAAAAAAACACAAAGGCAGCAAAGAAGACGAGAAAUGUUACACAGCAUACAUUCGAGAACUUUUGAAGUGUACAUCUACAGUCGAAUUCGAGACUGUGUUGGCACAAUCGUCCCUGGAAUGGUCUCAACCAUUUUCAAGUUACUUCAAUAAUAACUUAAAAGCUGACGUAGAAUCAAAUAUUCAAGGAGCCCGAGAACUACUUGGCAUUGCUCAAUCAAUCACAACAAAUGUCUCUGAAGGCGUCAACACCGUUUUAAAACGGUUCAACCAGUGGGAAGAAAAAUCUAUGGACGCUAUGGUUCUGGCUCUCUUCCAUUUGACGAACUACUUCCACAUGGAAAUGGAGCGCGGAUACGCUAAUUUGGGCGAAUGGCACCUAAAAGAGAAGCACAGGGAUAAAGCAAAAAAGAAAAAGGACUUAAAAUUCCCCUUAUCAAUUCGCGAUCCCUCAAAAAUUGUGGAUGAAAUCCAAAGUAAAAAAUUAACGAAUUUCCCUAAAACAAAAUCUCCAGAAAACUUGAGAACAAAGGAAGCCCGUGCAAUCCAUCUUGCUGAUUUAGGCCGAGUAAAUCUGGAGUCCAAGACCGGAACGUUUAUUGUGCACGGUUACAAUGAUGUUCCUAAUGCAGUCAAUCUGAAAAAAUGUUUAUGUUCAUGUAAAGGAGGUAAGAACUGCGUUCAUAUUUUGGCUGCUUCAUAUGCUGCUAGAAUCAAGGCUCCCAAUGUCACUCGGCCGCAGUUCUCGCUGUCUGAUCUCUCCAGAAAAAUGCACGGCAAAAAGAAGAGAGGGAAAAAGGGACCGCUAACAAGAGAGGAAAUGGACAUCACACCAGCCCCAGAUUCCUUCCUGAACACAUUCAACGCAUCACAGCCUGAGACCGAAGCUGAAAAUAAUGACCGUUCUUCCAGUCAGUUGCAAUUAUCACCAAUAAAAAACACCAGUACCCCCUAUCAAAAGAAAAGGGAUCGAAAAGGCGAGCCAGUCAAAAUAGAAUCUUUCAAAGAAAAUGUGCUUCAUUCAGAUGUUGCAAACCCCCACUUCUGUCAUCCAGCAGAAACAUGCAAAGGAACAGAUGGCAUCAAUAUAGACAGUUUGCAAACCAGGUCUGAGAAGCCCAUACAAGAAAUGGCAUUAUUUUUGGCUGGAUUACAUGAGGCUCAUUCCCACCACAGAUUCGACUUGAACGUCUGGAGAGGCUAUAAGCCUGAUGACUUGCCUCGCCAAUCUAAUAGUGACGACUGA